AUGGAUUUCCUUCUAAUUGGCUUGUACCUAAAGUGGCCCCUGAGGAAGCCCCCUGGGUUGAUACUGUUGCUGUGGUGCACGCUGGGCAUCAUGCUCAAAAUGGUCCCCUCGGUGGAGGGUGUCUGCCCACGGCUGUGCCGCUGCGACAGCAAGCUGCUCUACUGCGAAGGGCUCAAUCUCACCGACGUUCCGCGAAACCUGAGCAGCGCCCUGGGCCUGUCCAUGCGCGAGAACAACCUGACAGAGCUGCGCGAGGGCCACUUCACUGGCCUGUCGCAGCUCACCUGGCUCUACUUGGAUCAUAACAACAUCGACGUGGUGGAGGAGGGCACCUUCGACAGGCUGCGCCGGGUCAAGGAGCUCGACCUGAGCACCAACCAUAUCGAGAGCCUGCCCAACGGCACCUUCAGGCCCCUCCCCAACCUGCGCAUCCUGGACCUAUCAUACAACAGGCUGCAAGCGCUGGAACCCGACCUGUUCCACGGCCUGAGGAAGCUAACCAAUUUGCAUUUGCGCUACAACGCCCUCAAGUUUGUCCCAGUGAGGAUCUUCCAGGACUGCCGGAGCAUGCAGUUCCUGGACCUGGGCUACAACCAGCUUCAGAGCCUGGCGCGAAACUCCUUCGCCGGGCUCUUCAAGCUCACCGAGCUGCACCUGGAGCACAACGAGCUGGUCAAAGUCAACCUGGCCCACUUCCCCCGCCUCAUCUCGCUGCGCACGCUCUACAUGCGCAACAACCGGGCCACCGUUGUGGUCAGCACCCUGGACUGGACCUGGCCCUUCCUGGAGAAGAUCGACCUAUCGGCCAAUGAGAUCGCAUACAUCGAGCCGCACGUCUUCGAGAGCGUGCCCAACCUCAAGGCCCUCAUGCUGGACGCCAACCGGCUGACGGCCGUGGAGCAGCGCAUCCUGGACUCGUGGUCGUCCCUGGGCAGCAUUACCUUGGCAGGCAAUGAGUGGGAAUGCAGCCGCAACGUGUGCGCCCUGGCCCAGUGGCUGAGCGCCUUCCGGGGCCAGCGGGACAGCCAGCUGCUGUGCUCCAGCCCGGAUGUGGCGCAGGGCGAGGACAUACUGGAUGCCGUCUACGCCUUCCAGCUGUGCGAGGAUGGCGGCGACCAGGACACCACGACCAUGGGCUGGUACCCCGGCUACACUGCCAAGGACCAGUUCCAGGGCGGCCCCACGGCCAACCCAUACGAUCCACCGGCCGCUGAGGGCGGCGCAGUGGUCACCAAUUCCUUCACGGUGACUGUGGGUAACCUCGACGACAUAGAGAGCACCAUGCAGAUCCACAAGGUGGUGACGGGCACCAUGGCGCUCAUCUUUUCCUUCCUCAUCGUGGUGCUGAUGCUCUACGUGACCUGGAAGUGUUUCCCGGCGGGUGUGCGGCAGGUGCGCCAGUGCUUCAGCAGCCAUCGGCGCAAGCAAAAGCAGAAGCAGAGCAUGCAGCAGAUGGCCACCAUGUCCACGCCGGAGUACUACGUCGACUACAAGCCCAACCACAUCGAGGGGGCCCUGGUCAUCAUCAACGAGUACGGUUCCUGCACCUGCCAGCAGCAGCCCUCCCGGGAGUGCGAGGUCUGA